UUUAGGGCAGUUUGUCCCGGUAGAAAGACAAGGACCAAGGUCCGAAAAGAGACAGGGAACUCAGCGUGAAACUACUUGGGACUAACAAUCACUCAGAGGAGUGGAGCUUAAAAGCAGUGUUUUGUAUUUAUUUGUAUUUUUGCUCGACAUUUUCAGAGGAUAAUCAUGGCAUCACUGAUCUACCUGACUGUACUGACAAUAGCCGUCAUCCCACAGGUGACCGCUAGCUGCCCAGCAGAGUGCGAAUGCCCUGCAGACCCUCUGGUUUGCCCUCCCGGGGUGAGCACUGUGUCAGAUGGAUGUGGAUGCUGCAAGGUGUGCGCCGCACAGCUCAACCAGGACUGCGGCCCCGCAAGGCCUUGUGACCACCACAAAGGGCUGGAGUGUAAUUACGGCAAUGAUGUAACCAUGGCCUGGGGCAUCUGUCGAGCUAAAUCUGAGGGACGAUCAUGCGAGUACAAUGGCCGGAUCUACCAGAAUGGCGAGAGCUUCCGUGCCGGCUGCAAACACCAGUGUACCUGCAUCGAUGGUGCCGUUGGCUGCGCCCCGCUCUGCAGCAACAAGCUGCCACCAGCUUCUCCAUCCUGCCCGUACCCACGGCUGGUCAGGAUACCCGGACAGUGCUGCUUCAGCGUGGACUGCCACAAGGGCACCUGGCGCCUCCCACCUAAGCAUCAGGUGCCUCCACCACAACACCACCUGCCCAGACCUGAGCACCGUCCAGCUCCGCACCAGCCCGACAACGAACUGGCUCUGGCCAACGAGCUCACAGACGUCAAGUCCAGCGGCUGGGAGAGCGAACACGGCUACAAACACCUGCCUGCGUGGAACCACCUGAAGGACAAGAAGUGCCCCGUGCAGACCACAGACUGGUCCCAGUGCUCUCGCAGCUGUGGGAUGGGCGUUUCAUCUCGGAUCACCAACAAGAACCCUCUGUGUAAGCUGGAGAGAGAGACGAGGAUCUGCACCGUGCGGCCGUGCCAGGGCCUGGCCGUCCCAGCCAAGAACGGGAAGAAGUGCUCCCCAACCCAGAAAGCCCCCGAGCCGCUCCGCCUGUCCUACGGAGAAUGUGUGAGCGUCCGCUUCUACCGGCCCAACUACUGCGGCGUGUGUACAAACAAGCGAUGCUGCUCGCCACGCCACACGCGCACCGUGCCGGUGACCUUUGUCUGCCCGGAUGGAGAGCGUUUCCAGAGGUCGGCCAUGUUCAUCCAGUCUUGCAAAUGCAGUGAUGACUGUGGUCACCUCAACGAAGUGGCCCUUCCUCCACAGCACUGGAUGUACGGAGACACACACAAGUUCAUAGACUAGCACUGAGGAGCUUUGGGGGGUUCUUUUGUUUUUGAUUUUGAUUCGAAUGCGAUCCGCUUUACCUUCUUGAUGAAGGAAGACGCUUCAAGACGAGGGGGUCAUUUUUCCUCAACUGACUCCAAGUGAGUGCGGACCACAGGCACCCACCAGACUAUAGAGACUGCAGGCGGGAAGGGCCGCCUCGGUUUAAUUCACAAUCAUGAAGGCAAACUGUAAUGUAAUGUGUGUGACCAGAGUGGAUUGUACUCUUACCCACUCCUGUUCAAACAGACGAGGGACCUGAACCAGAGCCCCGAAGCGCCCCUGGACUUCCUCCACUCUGGACCGAUUACUGGUUCAGGUGUUUGGGAUUUUCCCUUUGAGACCCUCAAAUCAGCCUGAGAAGAGAAACACUACCGGAGCAACAAUGCACUUUGUUCAGCACUGAAACAUACUGAACUAGAACUUUGACAGCAGUGCAAUAAGAUCACCUCCCAGGAAUCAAUAACCUCACAUAAUGAGAUGGUAAAGGCUCCGUAUCCCACAAUGCAUUACAACCACCCAGUGACAAGCAGCAAAAUAAUAACUUUUGCCGUUCUUAUGUAUGAAACUAAAAACCAUAAUGCAAAAUGUGGACAAAGCCUUUUUUAUUGUUUUUUUAAGUAGCAUAUUGUGAACCACAGACUGCACCAACUGUGCUUUUUAUGACAUGCUGGCACACCAAGCCAGCUGAAACUUAAUUUACACACAGCAACAAGUGAGUUUCCUCGUAACACUAUCAAAUUAUAAGGAACACUAUCUGGAACUGAAAUAGGUUUCAGCAGGGACCGGACCAAUGCCAACACAUUUGCAAAACACAUCAGAUUCUUUCUUGUGCACUAAAGGCAGCUUAGAUAAAUGUCUUACAAAAACUUGUUUUUCUUGAUUUUAUUUUGUAUCACACUGCCUUCUGUAAAUGCAUUUUUGUUUAUUUUGAUCCAAGGUUGUAUUGCGGUCACAUUUAUCAACUGAGACACCAGCGUUUAGCUGUCACAAGUUUUUGUUGGUCAAUCCAAAUGAUAAAAGUGGCUACUGGA